AAUAAACAUAAAGGAAUAUAGAAAGGAGGCAUGACUCUAGACUUGAGAGUGUCCGCAGGUCACCUGGGGAACUUGUUAGAAAGAGAGCUUUCUACCUACACACCCCUCCUGAGUGCUCAGCACUGUGCAGGGGCCAGGAAUUGCAUCUAGAAACGACUCCUCAGGUCAACGGGAUGCCGCGGUCCUCGGCCCUGCUGUUGGUUACUGUGGUGAUGGGAUGGCGUUACAAUGGUCCAGGUGACCAGCGGGAGUGGGGAUGGAGCCAGAAGGGCUCUGGUCGGGCCCCACGUCCAUUUUCUCAGGAGCCAGAGGCCAAAAGGGUGAGAAUGUGUGUGUUAGAGUCUCAGCCUCGAACCCCCAUCCUGUCGGUCCUCCCGCCCAGCGAAGACUCAGUUUCACACUCUUGUUUGUCCCCCAGCAAUGUCUUCAGGCUGAUUCCCGGACGGAGGCGGAUGGGAGAGUCUCGAAGCAGCACCGAGGGCCGUCCCCUGCAGGGCCAACGGGAGAGCCUGCCAUCGAGCCAGGAUGGCCGCCGUGUGGUCCCGCAGGGGAUGCUGCUGGAGACAGAGCAGUGCAGUGAAAGGGACUGCCCCCCGGACGCCUGCAGAGUCCCUGAAGUUGCCAGGAUGGUUUACCCCAAGGCCCAGCUCCUGCAGCCUGCGAGGGCAGAUGUGCUGGUCAUGACCCCCUGGUUUGCUCCUGUCAUCUGGGACGGGGUCUUUGACUCUGCCAUUCUGGAUGCACAAUUCGAAAACACCACCGUUGGACUGACCAUUUUUGCCAUCAGAAAGUGAGAUCUGGGACGCCUGGGUGGCUCAGCCGGUUAAGUGUCUGACUCUUUGGCUCAGGUCAUGAUCUCACAGCA